CCUGGCUGGGAGGUAGGUGGUGGUGGCUGAGCCCUGGGACCAGGCCUGGAGCCUGGGCCACGAAGCAGGGCUCGCCCGAGGUGGCUCCCGCAGUUCCUGCAUUGCUCCAUGUCGCUGACCAUGCCUCCUCACUGCCCCUUUCCCUCCAAAAGGAUUUGUGGUGAAAUGCCUAUAUGGCCAUCCUCUCCCUCUUGGAGACUGGCCAAGAGGGCUCGUGGAUUUCUAUCACUGUUCUUGGGACUCAUGCUGCAGUGCUCAGGGGUGAUCCAGAGGGUGAAUAAUUGCCACUCGCCUGAUGUUGCUCUGUGAUCUUAAGCAGACUGAGAGCCUUCUGUCCUCCCACUAAACCUCUCUCCUUGCCCUCCAACCGCCUGAUCCAUGUCUACUUUACUCCUCAAUCUGGACUUUGACAAGCCUCCCCCCAAGAAGGGAUUCGAGGGCAAUGCCAAGCACCGAAGUUUUGUCAAGAAGCGGCGAGUCUUGGAACGGAAAGGUUUUCUGGCUAAGAAGAAUCAAGCCCCAAGCAAGGCACCUAAAGUGUCUUCCAAGGCAAAACAGCAGAAUGGGGACGUGGCCAAAGGGGAUAGUUCAAGGAAGGCCACCUUCCUCACCAAAAAGAAGCCUACAGCUUCCAGCAAUGCAUCCGAGCCAGUACAGGACAAGACAACCAUAGUACCAUGGUUGACCCCUGGCCCUUCACAGAAAACCAAUUCUGUGGUGGCCAAAAUAGAUCUACUGGGAGAGUUCCAGAGUGCUCUUCCAGAGAUAAAGAGCUGCCCACCACGUUCCCAGAAGAACACCAAGAAAAACCCUUCUCAGAAGAACACCCUACAAUCAUCUACCCAAGCUCUCCCAGAGAGUAAAGGUAAAGGCUCUGCUGCACUCCAGAAGAUUCCAAGCAAGAUGGUAGCAAUUGACUGUGAGAUGGUGGGAACUGGACCUAGAGGCCAUGUCAGCUCCUUGGCGCGCUGUAGCGUUGUCAGCUAUGAUGGCGACGUGCUCUACGACGAAUACAUCCGUCCACCCUGCCACAUUGUGGAUUACCGCACCAGGUGGAGUGGGAUACGGAAGCAUCACAUGGUGAAUGCCACUCCUUUCAAGGUGGCACAGGGCCAGAUCCUGAAGCUCCUCGCAGGGAAGAUAGUGGUGGGCCAUGCCAUCCACAAUGACUACAAAGCCCUGCAGUACUUCCACCCCAAGACCCUCACACGGGACACUUCCCGCAUUCCCCUACUCAACAAAAAGGCUGGCUGCCCGGAAAAUGUCACCUUGUCUCUGAAACAUCUCACCAAGACGUUGCUGAACCAGGAUAUUCAGGCUGGGAAAAGUGGCCAUUCCUCUGUGGAAGAUGCCCAGGCCACCAUGGAGCUGUAUAAAUUGGUUGAAGUUGAGUGGGAGCAGCACCUGGCCCAGAAUCCCCCUAAAGACUAGUGGCUAUUGGGACAACAAAGGCGUGUCUCAGGAGGAACAGGGCAGCAGUCUGGGCUGGGCACCUCCUCCUCUAUACUUUGGGAACUAGAGUUAGGAGACAGAGGUUUGCCUGUCCCCAAGCUGUCCAAUGAAAGUUCACCUCAGGCUUGUGCUUGUGUCUGGUUUAAUGUCCCAUGGGACAAGGAAGCCAUGGAAUCAGAACCCACCUGUACCGUUCACCUCUUAAGUGGUGCUAUCUAAGGUCCAAGCGUGCUUGGUUCCCCAGAGCUUUUUGAGGGGUGGGGCAGAUGCUCCAAAACUACUCUUGGCAGUACUUAGGGGUAUGUGGGGGCCAAGAAUCUGAACUAAGAGGACAGGAUUGCAAGGCAAGUGCCUUCACCCCUGGUCUUUCUCUCCAGUCCCUCUCUAGAACUCUUGAUUUUCCCAGGCAGGGCUUGCUGGGAAAUGUGGUUCCCCCACCCCGUCUUACCACAAAGGUGGCCAUAGAUUCCUGAUUCACACCUUGCAUUCUCAGCUGCUGGACAAGACUGUCUUUCUCUUCAGUUGGAAUCAUGUCAUAAGUCAGACUGCUCUUGCCUCAGCCUACCUGGAUCCUGGCAGACUACUCCCUAUUCUGCUCUCCAAUGAGGUUUUAUUCUUCUCAGGAUAAUAGGGAAGUCAGCUCAGAGUGUGACUCGGAAAU